ACUAAGCACUGUGAUGCAAGUAUAAAUUAGACUGCAUGCAGAGAAGAAAACCAUAGAAAAAUAACUCAAUUUUCCAAAAUAAAGAUCAUAAUAGUGUGUGUAUAUAUAUACACACACACACAGCCAGAAUGAAGUUAUUCUUAACUGCUUUGCUUCUGGUUUCAUUGUGUUCUGAUAUCCUGCUGGUCUUUGGGGAUGUUGGGACUGCCAAAUCUUAUGAUCCACCAUACUUGCCGACAAGAUGUGGAGGUUAUGACCCAGAUCAAUUCCCUGAGGGUGGAUACUUCGGUGCUGCCAGCGACGGAAUAUGGGACAACGGAGCAGCAUGUGGUCGGAGAUACCAAAUGCGUUGCAUCAGCGGCCCGAGGAGACCCUGCAAGCAUGGAUUGAUAGUUGUGGAGGUGGUGGACUUUUGUCAAAGCAAUCCAUGCCCUGCUACACUAGUCCUUUCAAACAAAGCAUUCAAUGCCAUAUCAAGAUUCCAGAAAGCCAAAAUCAAUGUUGAAUAUGCACAGAUCUGAUAUGAGGACUGAGGGCUUGAAACUAGAAGAUGACAUCCUAUCCUGAAUAUGUAGCAAUUUGUUCCAGUUGCUAGAAAUAUACCUAUAUAAUAUUAUGUCAAGUGGGGGUUGGCAUCUACUUCACUUCAUCACUGCUGAGUAUAAUUUAAAUAAAGUCUUGGGUAAAUCUAUUCACUUCUUGUGCAUCCAAUGUCAUU